UGAUGCAGGACAGGCUGUCCGCUGUCAUCCUGAAUUGGCAAUGCACAAUAUUGACACAUAAAUGGCUCCGGGCAGUGGACAGGCUUGUCCUGUCGACCUUCGCAGUCAUGAUGGGCAAGAUAAUCUUUUACGAGGGCAGGAAUUUCGAGGGCCGUCACUAUGAGUGCAGCGGUGACUGUGCCGACAUGCACUCACACUUCUCCCGCUGCAACUCCAUCCGCGUGGACAGCGGCUGCUGGAUGGCCUACGAGAAGCCAAACUUCUCCGGUUACCAGUACAUGCUGACCCGGGGCAAGUACCCCGACCACCACCGCUGGUCUGGCUUCAACGACUGCAUCCGUUCCUGCAGAAUGAUUCCUGCUUACAGCGGGAACUACAGGAUGAAGAUCUUCGAGAGGUCGGACUUCGGGGGGAAGAUGAUGGAGCUGAGUGACGACUGCCCGAACCUGCAGGACCGCUUCCGCCUGCGGGAUGUGUCCUCCUGCAGCGUCAUGGAGGGCUACUGGAUCCUGCACGAGCACCCCAACUACCGCGGUCGCCAGUACUUCCUGCGCCCCGGAGAGUACAACAAGCACAGCGACUGGGGCAGCCUCAGCACCUCCAUCGGCUCUGUGCGCCGUGUCACAGAGCUCAAAUAAACCCAGUAGAGCUGCUGCGGAGCAGCCUGACACCAGCUCACACCGACAACAUCCAGGGAGAUGUUGACAUCAAGGGAGAGAGACACCUGGAUGAGGCUGGCUGAACACAGGCCAGGUUGUCCUGGUGUAGCUGUAAUAAAGGCCUAGAGGCAGGAGUCAGCUUUAUGGAGGCGCGCACACACACACACAGAGAGAGAGAGAGAAGCCUAACAGACCUGUGUUUAGUAGGACAGUAGUAUAUGCACUAACAGACCUGUGUAUAGUAGGACAGUAGCAGUCACUAAUGCAGUAUUGCAGCUUCACAGCGGCAACAAACAGGUGCAAUUUCUAACUGAGGAUCCUGCGUUCAUGUUUGUAGUGUUUUAACAAAACUCA